GGUCCGACACCUCCCAGAGUUGCGCUCCCCAGGUUGGAGGUGGACGUCGAACGUGGGGGACCCAGCGCACCUGGAGACUCGCAGGAGCUUUCUCAUCCUCCGGCAUGGCUAGGGAAAUGGUCGCCUAUAAGCUGUCCCUCCGACAUGGAAGCCGCAUAAAAAUAGUGGGAGAUAUUCCACGUGAUGCCAAGCACUAUAUGAUUAACCUGGGCAGAGAUGAAUUUAACAUUGGCCUGCACUUCAACCCACGCUUCAACUAUCAAAAUAAUAUCAAGAAGAUCAUCUGCAACUCCAAGAGUGAUGGCAUAUGGGGCAAAGAAUUAAAGGAACGUAACUUCCCUUUUGUACCAGGGACCACGAUGGAGAUUUCCAUAAUCUUUGAAACACAUGAUUUUAAAAUGAAGCUGCCUGAUGGUUUUGAGUUCACUUUCCCUAAUCGUCUUAAGUUACAUACCGUCGACUACUUGGAAAUUGGUCAUGAUAUCCUGAUCAGAUCGGUGACCUUCAAAUGAGCCUUCCAAUCAAGCGGACUUCAGGCCAUUCUUGACUCUUGGGACUCUCUUAUGACUAAUAAAUGUGCUGAUGAAGAGAA